AUGGAUUCGGAAAAAGCCCAAUUUUGCAUUUCACAAACCUGCCGUCUACUACGAAAUGGCACUGACUUCUCCGAAUUUCAGGAAUGCCUAGAUCGCUUGGGAAAGCUAGUCGUGGCAUCUGCACAAGAUGCUGAAUUACGAGAUGCGAUGGCCACCCAAGAAUCCCUCGAUUCUCUACUUUUGCUGAUCCUGGCGAUUCCUGUAAUUGACGGUGACUCGAAGGGCGAAUUGACUCUCUAUGUGCGCUUGUUGCGAGGCGCGGUGUUGCUUCUACGCAACUUGGUUCUUUCAGCUGACUCAAUUGACUCCGCGUCGCUUUUCAAGGGUCUCAGCCAAUUGAACUCUGCAGUUCCUGCCACAAAUUCUUUUUUUGCAAGAUGCUACAUUGCCUAUUUUGAGCUCUUGGCCAAUUGCGCCUCCAAGUUUGGCUCUGAAUGGUUGGACUUGGAAGCUAUGGCCUCACAUAUGGCUACAAUCGGACUAGAUAACUUUCUCAGUGCAAAAAAUGGCCUGUUCACAACUCCGUUCAAUAUUUUUAUUGCAUGCUCUUUCCGCAGUCACGAUGCGGCGGGCGCUCUUCUUCUGGACCCCAGAUUGGCUCCUAUUAUGACCUACCUCUCAGAUGUCGAUUUGGGAGAAGCCCAGGAACUCAUUCCGGUCAUACAGGAAGUUAUCGUGCACGAAAAAUUCCACACUUAUAUCAUGGCGUCUCUCGAACCCAAGCCUGCGAGAGGAGCCCAGUUUUUGGCCUCGGCCAGAUUGGGUGUUACCGAAAAAGAAGACUGGACGAAUCUGCAAUGUCUCACCAUCCUAGACUGGGCUUUCUCAAUUGUCAAGGAAGUGGCGCCGCUCGUCGAUGUAUCUCUCAAAUCUAGAAUUUGGGAUCCUGAAGGCUUGGCUGGGCUUCAUCUGACCUCAGUUCUGGCGCUAGAUAUACUAGCAGACUUGGGAAAGUUUAACUGUGCGCAGCAAUUUUUCCUAGAGUACGAUGUUCUUGAUGUGGUCAUUCCUCUCUUCCGCGUUAUUCGUGAAAACACCACCAUUCGUGAUGCCAAAAGUUCCCGCCAGAGUACCGAUAAAAGGUUCCCUGUUGUGGCUUCCAUCAUAAUUGAAAUCCUCGCAACUGUUUGUCAUGGCUCCUUUGAAGCCCAGGAGAAAAUUCGCGAACUUCAUGGACUCGAGUUGGUCUUAUCCAGUUGUGUGAUUGACGAUGAUAACCCAUUUAUGAAGGAGAGAGCUAUUCUCUGCUUGCGAUUCUUGUUAGAGAAGAACCAGAAAAACCAGGAGUUCGUUGCAUCGUUGGAAGCGCAAAAUGUUGCUGAUAGCAGUUCUCUUGAAGCGGCAGGCUACGAAGUAGAUCUUGUGGAUGGGAAAGUGCAAGUCAAGAAAAAGCAAGACGCUACGUAG